AUGGCCGCCAGACCUUCCCACUUGCGCACAGCUUCGACCAACCUGGGCAGCAACUCGAGUCAGCGACCGCUGGAGGGCAGAGUGGGUAUCGUGACUGGAGCGUCGCGGGGUAUCGGUGUCGAAAUCGCGCGCAACCUGGCCAACAAAGGCUGCAACCUCGUCCUCAACUACACGUCCGACUCGUCCACCAAGACCGCCGAGGACCUUGCCUCUGAGCUGUCCGCCGAGUAUGGAAUCAAGGCGCUGGCCGUGCAGGCGAGCAUGGGCUCCGAGAAUGGACCGAAGCACCUUAUCGAAGUCACUAAGAACAAUUUUGCGCACCCCAAGAGCGGCAAGUUCCAGCUCGACGUGAUUAUCAACAACGCGGGUGUCGCAGGCAACAACUACAUUGAAAAUGUUGACUGCGAGGACUUUGCACGACAGUUCAACAUCAAUGUGCGCGGUCCGUUGCUAUUGCUGCAAGCUGCCGUACCGUACCUUCCCACUGAUCGCUCGGGACGCAUCGUCAACCUCUCGUCCGUCAGCUCUUCGCUGGGUUUCAAAGGCCAGUCGAUCUACGGCGGAACCAAGGCAGCCCUCGAGAGCAUGACCAGGACGUGGGCCCGGGAGCUGGCAGAGCGAUGCACCGUCAAUGCCAUCAACCCAGGGCCAGUCGCGACAGACAUGUACUGGAGCAACGACGAAGCCUUCACUUCCAACAUCAAGCCAUUCAUUGAGCACACUCCGCUUGCUGCGCCAAGAAAGGGCAUCGAUGAUGACAGGAUAUAUGAGGCAUCGCUCACCGCCGGAGGGCGACCCGCGUACAGCGAGGAGAUUGCCGGUAUCGUGGGUAUGCUCUGUCUGCCCGAAGCUGGCUGGACAACCGGCAGCGUCGUCUGCGCCAACGGAGGCAUGAGGGUCAGCGAAUAGUCGUGCGAUGGAGUCGCGACGUGCGCGGCACAGCAGAAUAGUACACGGGAAGAAUUUCAUCAAAUAGUGACACUCAUCA